GUCACUUGUUUUGUAUAUAAAUACCAAUCAUAUGAGCCUCUCGCUUCAAAUCAUUUUAUCUUCAAAUUGCAAACAUAUCGCACCUGAUCCAUUUUCGUUGUAGUAGUGAAUCCAGUGACCUGCCUUUCAGCCUACCAUCGUUGCGAACAGCCUUUUUAAUUUUCAUCAGCGUCUGUUCAGGAUAUCUUAGAAAAAACUGUCAAGAUAUAUUGAGAAGCGUGUUGUCGAGAAGCGUGUCGCAGAAGAGCAAGUGUCCUCCAACGUAUUUUAAGAUGCUCAAUACCUUCGACCACAAAUCAUCAGCUACGGCUUACUCUGACUUGUUUUCCUCCUCGGAUGGUCUCUCGCCAAUCUCACUUAAUUCUACAACCGAGCUAUCACACAAUAACUCACCUCACUACUAUCAUCCGAAUUUCCCUGCGUCGUCCCCUUCUGCUGAUAUUGUUCUCGCCUCUGCCGACUUUCCUUCAUGCUGGUUUGCAAUUGAUUCAGCCCAAAUAUUUUCUCGUCGUCCAGAAAGCUUUGGUUCAGAUAGUGUUUUCAAGGCGAUCGGACUGCAUCAAUCAAGACCUGUUUUUCUGCUUCAGGAAUCAAAAUCGCUGGUCGAGCUCAUACUUCAGUGUAUGGUUGGCGACUCCUUACCUAAUUUUGACAAGGUUCCAUUUUCCAUGAUUGUUUCUGCUUUAGAGGUUGCUUCAGAUAAGUAUCAUCUAGCUCAAAUGGAAAAGAUUUGUCUGUUGGCACUCAGUGCAUACUGCCAGGAAAAACCUAUUCAGGUGUUUGUGCUUGCGUCACACUAUUCUUGCGAUUGGCUUGCUCGAGUCGCUGCUCAAUGUUCAGUUUCCUGUGACCUGGAAAAUGAUGAGUUCAAAGACAUCCUUAUGGUCGACACCCACGCCGCUUUAGUCAAACUUCAUCGAUCUCGCGUCAAAGCAGCUCGAGAUCUUGUUGGAAAGAUGAAAUUCAAGUCAUCGUGUCACUCAGCAUAUGAUUACCCAAGAAAGACAAAAUCCACUUCCUCAUACGAUUCUAGUUCCAGAGAGCACGACUUUCUGGUAGAGAAGUGGUUAGCGGAGGCCCGUACAAGAGUGAUAAAGCGCAUCAACCAUCCCGAUGUCAACCUCCGUCUUCUUUUGAAUGAAGAGAUCCUAAGACCUUCGAUCAGAGCUCUGGGUUGCUCUAAGUGCACCGAAGAAUUAAUGUGUAUAUGCGAAGAAGUGAUUGAAAAAUGGGAACGUGUGAACAAGAGGGUGUUGUGAGACGACAAAGCAUGUUUUCAAUGAUUUUCUAUUUAACUUUUUCUCUGCUCUCAGAUCUCACAGGGAUAACUUACAUUCUGAAUUCUCAGUUACAUACUCUUUAUUUUCACAAAAUAUAAUCAUAUCUUCACUUGAUUUCUUUCGCAAAUAUCAUUUAAUCUCUCUUGAGAUAUAAUAUGUUGAUCAUCAAUAUAAGAUGGAUAGGAUGGCUAUGAUGCUUUUAUUUGUUACUUCCUUCCAUUUGACAUUUCUUUUCACCCAAUCUUAUCGAGGUUUUCUUAAUGACUUAAUAAUUUUUGAUUUCACCAUAUUUCUCAUGAUUGGUCUCAUUAUAUGUCAUUUCUUCUUCCUUGAACUCAAAAACUAUUAGAUAUCGCUACGUAAUUCAGAUUUUACUUUCAAUAAUCUC